CUUGCGUGGGGACAGCAAACAAGGUGUGCCCAUGCGGCGUGGUGUGCGUGAAUGAUAUGAUGGCUGCGGCACUCAGGGUGCUUUGCUUUGGCGUUGUGGGGGUAUGCUGCGGUGUUGUGCUGCGGUGUUGUGUUAUCAGUGGAUGCCACAUCACUUGAGUGUGGUUCAUUCAUUUGCCACUCGCCCUGUUUGAUUUCUGUGAAGCUUUCUUGUGGGAAAAAGGAAGAAGGACGAUGAGCGGGAUGGCUGCUUCACUGUCAGGCUUGAGCCUGCAGAACGCCGGUGGCAAGGCCAAGGAGGCGUGGACUGGCCUCGUGGACACACUCCGCGACGGCUUCACCCACCGGCCCGUGGUGACGGCGCUCAAGUGCGCUGGAGCGCUCGUGGCCAUCAAGGUCGCCGUGGACACUACCCGCUACGUUGCGGAGCAGUGGAGCAUCGGCUCUGCGCUGCGCUCCUUGCCUCGUGCAACGGGCAGCCUGCCUUUCCUCGGCCAUGCCCUGCGCCUCAACGUCGAAUCGCCCUGGGAUGUCAUGGAAACCUGGAUCAAGUCCUUCAACUACAACGUUAUGGCCCUCGAUUUCUUCGGCAAGGAGACGCUGCGCUACUACACACUCGUCCCCGUUGUGACGCGCGAAGCCGUGGAGGAGGACGACCUCUGCGGUGUGCGCGUCCCGGCAGGCUGCAAGGUCUUCAUCCACAUCAAGGCCGUGCACAACAACCCUGAGGUGUGGGAGAAGCCCCGCACGUUUAUGCCUGAGCGCUUUGAGAAGGAGCACGAUCCCUGCGCCUUCCUCCCCUUUAUUGUCGGCCCACGCAACUGCCUCGGGCAACACCUUGCGCUGCUCGAGGCGCGCAUUGUGAUGGCGCUGAUGAUGCUGCGCUUUGAUUUCGAGCCGGCACAGAGCAACGUUGGGGAGAAGCACGGGCGCACUGUCCCCGUCUGCCCAAAGCACGGCAUGUGGCUCAACGUCAAGGCCAGAUGA